ACAGGAAGUUUGACCAGAAAGCUGUGAAAAGUGUCAUCACUGACAGUCACUCAGUGUUGAUGGUGUGCUGAACUUUGACGUUAAUCUAAGUUAAGGAGCCUAAAAAGAGCAGGCAGAAGUCAGAGAGAAAGUUUCCUCAUUGAUCGUAUAAUGAGCCAUCCACAGGACUACAGACAAGCAGACGCUCCAACCUCCCAGCAACACUCGGUGCCACGUGGAGGGUCAAAGGUCACAUCAGAGAGAGUCGCCCUGUUCCUUCUCAGUGCUCUCCUGGCAGCUGCUGCCAUUGUUAUUUGCCGUCUGUCUUUUGAUAACCUGCAAAACAAGAAAAGUCUCCAGACACUGAGGGACGAGCAUGAAGCCAUGAAAAGAAAUCUCACAGAUGAGCCAUGUCAAAAACGUGAAGGAGGCUGGGAGCUUCACGGAGGGAAGUGCGAUUAUUUCUCCACCGACAGAUUGUCCUGGGAACUCAGCAGAAAUCUAUGUAAAGAACAACAUGGAGAUCUGGUUAAGAUAGACAGCAGAGAGGAGCAGACAUUCCUGGAGCUAAAACUGAGAGAAAAAAUGAACGAAGAUGAGGACAAGUUCUGGAUCGGACUGACGGACUCAGAGACAGAGGGCACAUGGCUGUGGGCCGACGGCUCGCCACUGGACACGAGUUUGACUUUUUGGUCCUCCGGAGAGACAGAGCCAGAGCCAGAGCCAGACAACUGGACAGGAGAAGAUCCUGAUGGAGAGGACUGUGUGAGGAUGGGGGAGAAAGGCAGAGCUCCAGACCUGAAGUGUUGGUUUGAUAAAUCCUGCAAAGAGCCUCAGAGAUGUAUUUGUGAGAAAGAAGCAACAGCUGCACAUUUAAAAUGUGUCUGAGAUGCAGUUCAGCUUAAGUCUCGCUCAGCCUGUUACACAUGCUCAGGACAGGAUGCAGAAAGUGGAGCAAUGCUAUUUCUAUACAGCUAAUGUUAGGAAAAUAAAAAAUAAGCCCUGCAAACAUUACAAUGCAAUGUACUUACAGUAUUUAAUGUAAAAGUACUCAAUGCAGAAAAAUGUCCCCUGUGAUUGUUUACUGUUAUCAUUAGAUUACUCAUGCAUUAAUGUGAAAGUAGGAUUUGUGUCGGACAGCAACUAAUGAUUAUUGUUAUCAUGAAUUAAUCUGCUGAUGAUUUUCUCCAUUAAUUGACUGAUUGGUUUGUAAAAAUUUAGAAAAUAGUGAGAAAUGUCGUCACAACUACACAGAGCCUAAAGUGACACCUUCAUUUUGCAUAAA